AGGCCAUGGGUGUGCGUGGCCCUCGGGGAGCUCCUGUCAGGCCGAGCCACGUCCACGCUGGUGUUUACGUGUGUCCCUGCACUGUGCUUGUCCCCGCGUGUCUCUGUGUUUUGCGUGAGGCGCGGUGUCUCCUGAGCGUCCUCCCAGGCGUCCCCCUUGCCUGUAGCUCUGGCCGAGUUGCACACCUGCACCUUCCCAGUCUGAGCUGCAAGGUGGAAACCAAUCUACCCUGCCUUCUGCUGCCCCCCAUAAAGGAUUAAACUGUCCCAGGCAGGGUACACGGACACGACAUUUCUUAUCUGAGGGAAGGAAGAUACUUGUCUUUGAUUUUUCUCAAGCUGUAUGUUACAAACUUAACAAUCAUCUGUUCCUGGUCAGACACUUUGAGAAUCUUGGUCAUGUGUUUGAGAGACCCCUGAAAAUGGCAAAAGAUAAACUAAGAUGUGAAUACAGCGAGAGAAGAAGCUGCUGCUAACCAUAAGAUAUUCAAGCAUGUAACUAUUUAAAAGGAACCUGAUUGAAUGUGCUGAAUUCCUUUUAAUAAGAUUUUUAGGAGUCUGUUACAUAGCAGCUGUCUGGAAACAAGCUUGGUUUCAAAAAAGACUAAGCUCCUCCCCAAAAGGCAGAGAGAAAAUAACUGACACUUCCUGCUUGUCUACAAAAAUAUCCCCAAAUGUUUGAGUCAAGUGAAUUGCAGUCAAUAGUACAACAGUAUAUUUAUCGAAGGCUGUGGGAAGAAGAAAACAAUACCACUUUCAUUGAUUAUGGCAACACUACUUACUGUGAGCAAAAUCAAAGUAACCCAGCCUAUAUCAAACAAAAGGAAGUCCAACAAAAGGCCUCCCUUUUUUCUUUGCAAAUGGACUUAAGUGGGGCAGUUCCCAGCAUUAUAGUUGCCUUUAUAGUUGUAGCUAAUGGAGAUCACUAUGGACGCAAAAGAGCUUUGGUUCUGCCUUCCCUGGGAGCUCUUAUGACAAAUGUUUUCUACAGUAUCUUGUCAUAUUUCUCCUGGACUCUCUCUCUAUUUUUUGCUCUUGCAUUCAUUAGUGGACUGUUUGGAAGCAUGACCACUUUCCUUGGAGGUGGGUUUGCCUUCAUAGCAGAUCUAUGUCAUGAUGAGAAGCAGAAAACUAAACGCAUAGCUGUAAUUGAUUUGAUUUUGGGACUUGUGUCUGGGUUAGCAGGACUGUCCUCGGGCUACUUCAUCAGAGGAAUAGGCUUUACAUGGACGUUUACAAUUGCAUCUCUGCUUCACGGUAUUAAUAUUUUCUAUAUUAUAUUUUGGCUGAAGGAGACUGUGGAUGUAUCUGAAUCCCAGCAACAUGCCGCAUUAUCUUGUAAAGACAGCCUUAAAGAAACGUUUUCUGGAGUGUACAUGCUUUUUAAAACUUCCUCUUGUAAAAAACGAAUUUUAAUCACUGUGUUGCUUUUUGCAUUUAUGUCUUAUUUCUUUGCCAUGAUUGGUGGGACUUCCCUUUUUACAUUGUAUGAACUGGAUGCUCCUCUCUGCUGGAAUGAAGUCUACGUUGGCUAUGGAGCAGCUGCAUUCACUUCUGUCUCUCUGACCAGUUUUUUAGGAGUGUACUUGUUUUCUCAGUUUAUGAAAGACAUUUAUAUUGUUUUCAUUGGGAUAUUUUCUUAUAUUGGAGGAAUAAUCAUGGCUGCCUUUGCCAAAACUACACUGCUCAUGUUUUUAGUGAGGGUGCCAUCUCUCCUCUGCUUUAUGCCUGUUCCUGUUCUGCGAUCCAUGUUGUCAAAAGUGGUUCUGGAUAGUGAACAAGGUGCUGUGUUUGCUUGUAUUGCCUGCUUAGAAGCUGUGACUGGUAGCAUGGCAUUUGCAGUUUUUAAUAGUCUCUAUGCAGCCACUGUCAUCUGGUUUCCAGGCUUUAGUUUUCUUUUAGCAGCUGGUAUUUGUAUAAUGCCACUCAGCAUACUGAGUGGGCUUUUGUGCACCAGUUGGCAUGAAGAGGACUUGGCACUACUUGUACAUGAAGAAAUAUCCAGUGCAGAGAGUGUUGAUGAUUAAGCAAAGAAUUCACCUACCUUCAUUUUCUAAUCUUCUGGCACAGACUGUUUGUACAUACAGUGAGGGUGAAGAGAGUAUGGUAGUUGUAGAUGCAAUAUGUAGCCCUGUCACGAUUCCUGCUAAACUGCUAAUAUUUCUAGUCUUCCUACUUAAUGUUUUAGUCCUUAUACUUAACUACAUGACAUAGUGCAAAAGUGGUGAGUCCUGGGGUUUUUUU